AUGGCUUUCAAACGUUCUUUUAUUGGCGCCGGCCUCUUGGUUUCUCUGAACGCUGUGAACGCUGCCGCAGUUCACGCACUGGCAGCAAACCUUACAAUUCCACACCAAUUGGCGGUCGCUGCUUAUCGCCAGGUUGAUACUUUCAACUCAGGCAAUUUCUUCGACAAUUUCGACUUCUUCACCGGUGCAGAUCCCACUCAUGGAUUUGUUCAGUACAAAAACCGAGGUGAUGCUCAGAAUUUGGGCCUGAUCAACAACGCAAACAACCAACUCUAUAUGGGUGUCGACCAUACCACUGUGAACCCGAAUGGCGGACGCCCUUCGGUUCGAGUAACCAGCAAAAAGUCCUACACCCAUGGUCUCUUCAUCGCGGAUAUUGCUCACAGUAAGUGAUCCUCAAGCUUUUUUCUCUUUGAUCUUGUCGUGAGGAGGCAGGAACUAUGAGUUUUCCGGAAAAGAACCCUUUUCUGUUGCAUUCGCCCUCACAUAUCAAGCGAUUACUAGAAAUGAUGACAACGCUAACUCUUGAUGUUUUAUAGUGCCAGGAAGUGCAUGUGGAGUUUGGCCAGCGUUUUGGCUUGUGAAUUCUAAUUGGCCUUUUAAUGGGGAGAUAGUAAGUAGAGCGUUUCUUUUAUGGGGUCCUGGAUCUCCGCGAUGAGAGACUUGCUGCCGUAGCGGAUAGAUCUCCAGUGCUGAUAUUUUAUAGGAUAUUAUUGAAGGCGUGAAUCUUGCCGGAUCAGACACUGUUACUCUCCAUACAUCUGCCGGAUGCACAAUGAACACCGCUGGCUCUCAAGGUGGAACCGUUUUGCAAAACCCAAACUGCAACGCCAAUAAUGGGUAUGAUGGCUGUAGCGCAACAACAAAUGCUCCGUUCGGCGACAAUUUCAACAACCAAGGAGGUGGAGUCUACGCCAUGCAAUGGGAGUCGUCCGGAAUCUAUGUUUGGUUCUUUCCUCGAAACAAUAUCCCAGCAGACAUUCGGUCUGGAAACCCUGUGACAGGCAACUGGGGACUGCCGAUUGUGGCUUUCAAUGGAGGUUCUGGGUGUAACGUUGACCAACAUUUUGUAAACCACCAAAUUGUUUUUGAUACAACUUUCUGCGGAGAUUGGGCCGGAGGUGUCUGGGGUUCAUCAACCUGUUCAUCCAGAGGGAGUUGUGAAAGCUAUGUUGCGGGUAAUCCAGGGGCUUUCAGCAAUGCUUAUUGGACUGUCAAUUCGGUCAAGGUCUACCAGUUGUAA